CCCAUGGCUGCUUCCUGGCCACAGCAACCCACACAUUCCUUGUACUUCUUCCGCUAUAUAAAGGGGCGAGCAACCAAUCUGAAUUAAUCUGUGUAGCUCGUCGUCACUGCCCAUAGUACUCUGGCUUAGCUAGCUAGCUUCUUCUUCUUCCUCUAGCUUGGAUUGGAUUGGAUUGGUGGCUGGCCGGCGAUGAGGACGGCGGCGGCGAAGGCGCGGUGCUCGGUGCCUUUCAUCCUGGCGGCGCUGGCCGCCCUCUCCUGCGUCUUCCUCGUCCACGCGGCGGCGGCGGCGGCGGCGGCGGCGGUGACCACAACCACCACCAGCGUCGUCGGCUACCGGAGGGCGCUGCUUCCCAGGGAGGCGGCGGCGGUGGUGAUGCCGACGACGUCGACGGCGGAGGACGCGGCGGUGGUGGGGAUGGCCGGAGUAGAGGGAGAGCUGCCGGUCGUCGCCGACGAGGCGGCGGCGGCGGCGGCGAGGCGGAUGGACAUGCAGACGACGCAGGACUACCCGAGCUCCGGCGCCAACAGCCGCCACGAUCCGAGGAACCCGCAUUGAGAUUCGUGCAGGGAAGCUAUCUAUCUACCGUUGAUUCAUGGGGUGGAGAUGCAUACGCCUACUUGUACAAUACUACACAUGCAGCAAACGCGUGUGUUGAGUUUAUCACACAAUUAAUUAAUUUUGCACACAGUAUUAGUAGUACCGCAUGUAUAACUAGUAGUAUUACAUGUAACACUCGUAUACAUAUCAAAUUAAACAUUAUCUUAAUGUGAUCCUGCUCAAAAA